CUUUUCAUUUUGUGAAAUCCUAAGAGUUAUCAACUUAUCAUUACUAUUAAGAAAAGGAAAGAGUUUGAUUAAAGAUACAAACCAAAACCAAAGCCACAUUUUCUUCCUUUCAAAACAAUCACACAAAAAGCUUUGGCCUUAAUUCAAAUUCUAUACUCUUUCUUUCCAUUCAUUUUUAUUCAUGGAAUCCUCAAAUUGGGUUCUAAAACAUGUAUUCAUUUUACUCUUUUUCUUCCUUAGUAACCCUUCAAUGUCUUCAACUUUCCCUUCCUCAACUUUGGACCUUACCGUUACACACACUAAAGCCUUACACCAAAAUUUUACUGCAUUAUCAGAUUUUAGGUUGAUAAAUAGAAGAAUUUUGAAUGAUUGUUCUCAUUUAAGUCCUUAUCUUAAACUGAAUAUCACCUCAAAUUCUAAAUUGUUGGAUGAGGAGUUUGUCACGGUUACCGUCACCGGCGUUUCGAAGCCGAGAGAUGGAGAUUGGGUGGCUAUGAUCUCACCUUCAAAUUCCAAUGUUAAAGCUUGUCUUCUCAAUGAGUUCUAUUAUCUACAAACUGGUGAUACUGCAAAACUUCCUCUACUUUGCCAUUACCCUGUCAAGGCACAAUACUUGAAAAACGAUCCAGAUUACAUGAGCUGCAAAAAGAAAGAAUGCAAGAAAGAACAGAAUGGGAAAUGCAGUGUGACAACUUGUAGUGGUUCAAUAAAGUUUCAUGUUAUCAACAUUAGAAGUGAUAUAGAAUUUGUGUUCUUCACUGGUGGCUUUCUCACCCCGUGCCUUGUCGGAAGGUCCACUCCUUUGAGUUUUGCUAAUCCUAAGAAGCCACUUUAUGGACAUAUCUCAAGUAUAGAUUCAACUGCAACAUCGAUGAGAUUGACAUGGGUUAGUGGGGACAAGGAACCUCAGCAAAUCCAAUAUGGAAAUGGAAAAACAGUAACUUCUGCAGUUACUACUUUUUCACAAGAAGAUAUGUGCAGUUCGGUAGUGCCUAGUCCUGCCAAGGAUUUUGGAUGGCAUGAUCCGGGAUACAUCCAUUCAGCACUGAUGACAGGACUUAAGCCAUCGAGUGCCUACUCCUACAGAUAUGGAAGUAACUCGGCUGAUUGGAGUGAACAAACCAAAUUUUCAACUCCACCAGCUGGAGGAUCAGAUGAGCUCAAAUUCAUUUCCUUUGGUGAUAUGGGAAAAACCCCUCUUGAUGCUUCAGAAGAACACUACAUUCAGCCUGGAGCACUAUCGGUUAUCAAAGCGAUAGCUAAUGAAGUGAACUCCAACAAUGUAAACUCGGUGUUUCACAUUGGAGACAUAAGUUAUGCAACUGGUUUUCUAGCAGAAUGGGAUUUCUUCUUGAACCUUAUUAGUCCAGUAGCUUCAAGAGUUUCUUACAUGACAGCAAUCGGGAAUCAUGAGAGGGAUUAUAUAGAUUCUGGUUCAGUUUAUGUUACUCCUGACUCUGGUGGUGAAUGUGGAGUACCAUAUGAAACAUACUUUCCAAUGCCAACUGCAGCAAAGGAUAAGCCUUGGUACUCUAUUGAACAAGGAAGUGUUCAUUUCACAGUAAUAUCAACUGAACAUGACUGGUCCGAAAAUUCUGAGCAGUAUAACUGGAUAAAAAAGGACUUGGCAUCUGUUAAUAGACAACAUACUCCUUGGCUGAUUUUCAUGGGACAUAGACCAAUGUACACUUCCAACAACGGAUUUUCAUCUAAAGAUCAGAAAUUUAUUAACGCUGUGGAGCCAUUGCUGUUACAGAAUAAGGUUGACUUGGUUCUUUUCGGCCAUGUGCAUAAUUAUGAGAGAACUUGUUCUGUCUAUCAGAAUAAGUGCAAAGCCAUUCCUAUAAAAGAUCAAAAGGGAGUAGACACAUAUGAUAACAGAAAUUAUAGUGCUCCUGUACAUGCUGUCAUUGGCAUGGCCGGUUUCGCAUUAGACAAAUUCUCAAACAAUGCUGAGAGCUGGAGCUUGAAAAGGAUUUCUGAGUUUGGUUAUUUAAGGGCACAUGCUACUAGAAAUGAUUUAAGCUUAGAGUUUGUGACAUCAGAUACAAGAGAAGUUAAGGACAGUUUUCGCAUAACAAAGUGAAGGCUUACUCAAAGAAAAAGAGAGAAAGAAAUGUAGAGUUGUACAAGGUCUAAUAAAGAUAAAAAAAGACAAAUAAAUACACACAUAUAGAUAUAUUAAAAGGCAAAGGAGAUCUAUAAACACUCCGAUAAAAAUCAUUUCGAUUGAUUCUUUGUACUCUAUAUACAUGAUUGUUGAUUUUUUAACAAAGAAUUACCUAUAGAUAAUAAAAUCUUGUUAUUGUAAUGUAGCCCUCAUUUCAUGUCAUAAUCAGGAUCAAAAUAUAUUGGGAAAUGUUAACCGAGUACCCGGCACUAGUAUAGUUAGCACUA